CAGCUGUGCGUCGAAAAUGCACAGUGCACAGGUGUCAUCAAAAAAAAAAAUUACCGGUUGUCAUUGACGUACUUUUUGUCGACAAUGGAGAUUUAAACCUUAAUAUUGUGGGAAACGAAUUUAGUGACAGAGGUAGUGGUAUAGAAACGGUGCUUGGUGUAUUUUGUUCUGCUAGUGCUUCCUAAAAAUUUAAAACUUAUGUAAAAAAUGAUUAAAUAUUUAUCAGCUAUUGUUGUAGUACUUUUUGCCAUAUAUUUUUAUGGAUAUCCAUUGUCAGUUGUUCAAAUUGCAAUUAAGUACAUUCCCUUCUUAGACAAUAAUGUUCAGAGUAUUCAAGAAUCCCGAAUUCCGCCUGAAGAUGUUAGUGACAAGAGUACAAGCAAGCAAAUUUUGUUUACUGAAGAGACUUUGAAAAAGUACAUUAAUAAAAAAACAGGACUCUACUUAGCAAUUUUGGGCGAAGUUUAUGACGUGACUAAAGGAGAAAAGCAUUAUGGUCCUGGUGGGAGUUACCAUUUCUUUACAGGUCGUGAUGCUUCACGAGCGUUUGUUACGGGAGACUUCAGUGAACAUGGGUUGAAUGAUGAUGUGCUUGACCUCGAACCACAGGAUAUUAAGAGCUUGUUCAAGUGGGUAUCUGUGUAUAAAAAACAAUACAAGUUUAAAGGGAAACUUAUUGGAAGAUAUUAUGAUUCACAAGGAAAUCCAACAGGCUAUAGAUACAAAGUGGAAAAUAAAUUAAAACUGGCUGAAAGUGAUGAAAUAGCAAAAAACAAAGAAAAAUUGAGAAUGCCUCCUUGCAAUACUGAAUGGAAUGUGGAUCAGGGAAGUCGUGUUUGGUGCAGUAAAAUGAGUGGAGGAAUCCAGAGAGACUGGGUGGGUGUGCCACGAAUGUUGUACACCCCAGGCUCAGACUCCUACCGAUGUGCAUGCAUAAAUCUGGAUGAUGCAUCUAAUCAACAAUCCGGAAACUUAAAGGAGUACCCUGAUUGCAAUCCAAAAUCUACUAGCUGCUACAUCCAGCAAUGAAAAUCAUAAUUUUAGUAAUCAAAGAAAAACUACUCUUUAUGUGUAUUGUUUGAUCAUGAACAUUAAAAGACAACUGGUGAAUUGAAUUUUAGAUUUCAUCAUGUGUAUUUAUACUUCUCAAUCAAGUAGUAUUGUAAUGUUUUCUGCAGGUGUUCUCAAAACAAAUUAUACUGAUGCAGGACCACAUUUUUAAAUCUUGUCAUGCAUGAUUCUCUGAUAUGUUAAUGUUUGAAGGACUUUUAAAACACCAUUUCAAAGGAUAUCCAGGCUAUGUGUAAUAAAUACUUCAUAAAAAGAA